AUGACCUCGGAGGCCGAGUCCAAAUUACUGGAGGAGAGGAGGCGCAGCCCGAUGGACCAACUUCCUCCACCAGCCAGCUCCAACAAGCCGCUCACACCCUUCAGCAUCGAGGAUAUCCUCAACAAGCCGUCAAUGAAAAGGAAACGGUUCCAGAGCCCAGCGCAGCAGUUUCCCCGCGGGGCUGCGCUGCCCGCGGCCGGGCUGCUCAGCCAGAGCUCCCCGCUGUGCGCCCUGGAGGAGCUAGCCAGCAAAACCUUCCAGGGGCUGGACGUGAGCGUCCUGCAGGCUGCUGAGGGUCGAGACGGUCUGACCAUCUUCGGUCAGAGAAACACUCCUAAAAGGCGGCGGAAAUCCCGCACAGCCUUUACAAACCAUCAGAUUUAUGAGCUGGAGAAGCGUUUCCUGUAUCAGAAAUACCUGAGUCCGGCGGACCGGGACCAGAUCGCUCAGCAACUCGCGCUGACCAACGCGCAGGUCAUCACCUGGUUUCAGAACCGACGGGCGAAGCUAAAGCGGGACCUGGAGGAAAUGAAGGCGGACGUGGAGUCGGCCAAAGCCGCGGGGACCGCAACUUUGGCCGAGCUGCAGUGCGCGGUGGGGGGUCUGGGCUUGGAGGCGGGUUCCAGGGAUCAGAUGCCCUGCAGAAGCCCGCAGGCCCCGCACCACCACAGCAGCAGCCGACCGGCCUCUCCUUCCUCCCCGGCAGUGUCGCAGUGCGAGGACAGGCUGAGCAGCCGGUGCUGCUCCGAGGAUGAAGAGAUCCAAGUGGACGAAUAA